UAACGGCGCGGGGCGGCAUGGGCUCGGGCCACUGCCUCCGCCCGGCCGCCCGCCCGGACUGUCGCGGCCCGCGGUGGAGACCGCGCCGGCAGCAAAGUUUCCCCGGCAGCGGCCCGGGGGCGCAUCCUCCCGCAACUGUCAAGCGCUGGCGGCGGAAAUGAUGAGGCGCUGGCCAUUUUCCGAGCUCGGGUUUCCUGCCUGAGCCCCUCUCGUGCGAGCCGCAAGCCAGGAGCCGGCGCGCGGGAGAGAACGCGCCCAGGGCGGGGGCCCGCCCGCCCCCUCGGGAUUUUGGGAUCCGGGGGGACGAGCGACGCCAUGGGCCGGCAGGGCCCGGACCCCCUCUCUCUCAGGCAUUUACUGAGCUCCUGUUGCAUGCUAGGAACUGGGGAUGGAGCAGGGAAGAGCUCCUGGCCUAGAAGAGCUCACAGUCUGGUGGGGGAAUAGCCACUAAUUAACUCACAGUUAUUGAAUGAUGGCAUGUGACCAGCAUACUGAAGGACAAGUUCAGGACUCGAAUUGAUUGCCUGGCCGCUCCACCUCGGUCUCCGCCAUGAACGGGCCGGCCCUGCAGCCCUCCUCGGCCUCCUCCGCAUGCUCUGCCUCAUCUGCAGCAGCGGCCGCGUCUCCGUCCCCGCGGGGCUGGAGCGAGUUCUGCGAGCUGCACGCCGUGGCCACUGCCCGGGAGCUGGCCCGGCAGUACUGGCUCUUCGCCCGCGAGCACCCGCACCACGCGCCGCUGCGCGCCGAGCUCGUGUCACUGCAGUUCACCGAUCUCUUCCAGCGCUACUUCUGCCGCGAGGUGCGCGAGGGCUGGGCGCCCGGGCCGUCGGGGCUCCGGAACGCGCCGCCGGCGCGCGACUACCGUGAGACGGGCCGCGGGCCCCCCACCAAGGCCGAGGUGUCCCCCGCUGAGCCGGGCGCAGGCGCCGCCGCCCCUGCCCUGCCGAAGGCCCGCAGCUCGGAGGAGCUGGCCCCGCCGCGGCCGCCCGCCUACUCCCUCCAGCACCUGCGCCACAGCCUCCGCCACAUCCUCCGCCGCGGCUCGGCCGGGGAGCUGCCCGCCGCCGGGGCCGCGGGAGAGGCGCCGGCCCGGCCCGGCCCGGUCCGGAAGCGUCUGCCCUGGAGCCUGGCUCGGGAGCCGCUGCCCGAGGCCCUCAAGGAGGCGACGCUGCGCUACAGCCUGGCCGACGAGGCCUCCAUGGACAGCGGCGCGCGCUGGCAGCGGGGCCGGCUGGCACUGCGGGGCGCCCGGGGCCCCGAGGGCGCGGCCCGCGUGCUGGAGCUCUUCGACCCACCCAAGAGUUCAAAGCCCAAGUUACAAGCAGCCUGCUCUAGCAUCCAGGAGGUCCGGCGAUGCACACGCCUUGAGAUGCCCGACAACUUGUACACCUUUGUGCUGAAGGUGAAGGAUCGGACAGACAUCAUCUUUGAGGUGGGAGAUGAGCAGCAGCUGAAUUCAUGGAUGGCUGAGCUCCAGGAAUAUACAAGCCAAGGCAGGCUGGAGAGCACAGACCCAGAGAUGCAUAUUCCCUCAGCUCCAGAACCCGGCACAUCCAACUCUCCAAGAGGAAGCAUGGAUUCUCUGAACCAAGGUGCUUCUCCUGGGGGGUUGCUGGACCCAGCCUGCCAGAAAACCGAUCACUUCCUGUCCUGCUAUCCCUGGUUCCACGGCCCCAUCUCCCGAGUGAAGGCAGCUCAGCUGGUUCAGCUGCAAGGCCCUGAUGCUCAUGGAGUGUUCCUAGUGCGGCAGAGUGAGACACGGCGUGGGGAGUAUGUGCUCACAUUCAACUUCCAAGGCAUAGCCAAGCACCUGCGCCUGUCACUGACUGAGCGGGGCCAGUGCCGCGUGCAGCACCUGCACUUUCCCUCAGUUGUGGACAUGCUACACCACUUCCAACGCUCACCCAUCCCACUCGAGUGCGGUGCCGCCUGUGACGUCCGGCUGUCCAGCUAUGUGGUAGUUGUCUCCCAGCCACCAGGGUCCUCCAACACCGUCCUGUUCCCUUUCUCCCUGUCUCGCUGGGACUCAGAGCUGGGCCUUCCCCACCUUAGCUCUUCUGGCUGUCCGCAGAGACUUGGCCUAGAGGCCCUCCCAGGCCGAUCCUCUCCCCCAGAGCAGAUCUUCCACCUGGUGCCUUCACCGGAGGAGCUGGCCAACAGCCUGAGGCACCUGGAGCCCGAGCCUGCCAGUCGAGCCCGGGACUCAGACUACGAAAUGGACGCCUCUUCCCGGAACCACCUGCGGGCCAUAGACAAUCAGUACACACCUCUCUGA